UCAGCUGUAUAAACGAAAAAAUACGUAGGAUGGAUGUCACCGCUGCUCAGUUGGAAAAUGAGAAUUUACGAAAAAUUCGAAACCGUUUAUUGCAAUGGGAGGGUAAAACGAGUCCUUUAGCAGCUUUAAGCGCCCACCAGCAGGAGUUUUUUGAAAUAAUUGACACUGUAUGCAAACGCGACAAGGAGUGUCCCAAGACGACGGAAAAAGAGAACAACUUACGUGCAAUAACGAAAGCAGUGGAAGAUGCCGAAGCUUCUUCAUUAAUGAAGCUACAGCAAUUAUCUUUGCCCGGCAUUGAAACCACAAAUGAUUUCUUAAUGUGGUAUAACCAAGUACUAGACGAAAUCCAUGAAAAUGACGAUAUACAUACACAGCAUUAUCUUCAACAACUAAUAACUAGAAGCACAGAGUGUUUGCGCAUACUGGAGCAAAUAGAAAAGGCCAUGCAACGUUUGGAAAAACUUAAGAAUGAGUAUUCAUUUGUUUCGCAGAAAACGGAAGCUCUUAAUACGGCCAGUGAGCAACUGUUAGGAGAACAGCAAAAACUGCAAGCACUUGGUGAAGAGAUACAACAUCGUUUACAUUACUUCAAUCAGGUCGAAUUAAUCAAUCAUCGUUUAUUUAGCCCUACGCUCUCAGUAGCUUCGGGAUCAUUUCAGGAAUGUUUAACCAAAAUUGAUCAAUGCCUGACUUAUAUAAAAGAGCAUCCCAGUUUUAAGGAAUCCUCCACCUUUAUCAUAAAAUACAAACAAUGUUUAAACAAAGCGAUCAGUUUGAUGCGAAAUUAUGUCACUCAAGUUAUGGCUCAAGCCACCGAAGCUACUCUUCAUCCUAAACAGCCUUUGGUAAGUGCUGUAGAAGCUGCAAACACUUCGCCUGAUGCCACGUUUGCUUUAUAUUACGGCAAGUAUCAAACAUCGGCUGCCAAAAUUAAACGCAUAUCCCAAAUGGUGGAGUCACGAGUGGAAUUGUGUCGGGAAUAUGCAAAUCUUUUGGGAGAUUUGCAGCAGUGCUACCUAAGUGAACGUUCAACUAUUAUGACACCGGCUGUAGACAAAGCCAUUAAAGAUAUCCAAGCGCAGCAGAGAGGUGAUCAUUGUGCUUUAAUGCGUAGUUCGUGCGCAUUUCUAGUUCACAUAUGUCAGGAUGAGCAACGUUUAUAUUAUCAAUUCUUUGCCAAGGAUAGCGAACAGCUAACCGCAUAUUUGGAAAACUUGUGCAGUAUUUUAUACGACAGUAUGCGUCCAUAUAUAAUACACAUUAAUCAUUUAGAAACCUUGGCGGAAAUUUGUUCAAUACUGCGUAUUGAAAUGUUAGAAGAACAGGUGCAACAAAAUUCUACUACUUUAGAAGCUUUUGCCACUAUAGCGAAUCAGUUGUUGCAAGAUGUUCAAGAACGUUUAGUUUUUCGUGCACAUUUAUAUCUACAAUCGGAUAUUUUAAAUUAUAACCCCUCGCCGGGAGAUUUAGCUUAUCCCGAAAAACUUGAAAUGAUGGAGAGCAUUGCAUUGUCUCUGCAAGAUUCACAUUCGCAUCAGAUGCGUCGCUUCGACUCGAGAUCUUCUUUGGUAUCCACGUCUUCUAACGUUACAGAGGCUGAAAGCUUGGAUACUAGUGUUAGCCGCGUGAGAAAUAUGAAUUCACCGGCAGAUUUGCACGGCAUGUGGUAUCCGACCGUGAGACGUACACUCGUAUGUUUAUCACGUCUCUAUCGUUGUGUAGAUCGGCCCAUAUUCCAAGGUCUUUCCCAAGAGGCUUUAAAAUUAUGCAUAGAAAGCGUUUCUGCAGCGGCUAAAAAAAUUUCCCAGAGUAAGACACCUAUCGACGGUGAGCUUUUCGAAAUCAAACAUUUGCUUAUCUUACGCGAACAAAUUGCUCCCUUUCGUGUCGAUUUCACAGUCAGGGAAACGUCAUUAGAUUUUAGUAAAGUCAAAACAGCAGCGUUCGGUCUAUUACAGAAACGUAAACAAUUGUUCGCCAUUGGCAGCAAUAAUGCAUUGCUCGAAUUUUUAUUGGAGGGCACUCCCCAAAUUAAAGAGCAUUUAUUGGAUUCGCGCAAAGAAGUCGAUCGCCAGUUGAAAUUGGUUUGCGAACAAUUCAUAACGGAUGCAGUGCAAGGUUUAAUAAAACCACUUCUGGGAUUCCUGGAAAAAGCGAAUCAAUUAAUACAGAACGAUGCAAAAAAUGCAAGCGAUCAGCAACAACAGCCUAUAAAAAUUAAUUAUGUCUUAAGGCAGAGCGCCUGGGCUAGCCCGCAGCAAACUAGUAGCGUUAUACAAGAAACGCAACGUUUAAUCAAAAGCCGCUUACCGAGCUUGCAGAGAUCCAUGCAGUUAUAUUUAAGUAAUCGUGAUACUGAAUUCAUUAUCUUUAGACCGAUAAGGAAUAAUAUUAUUCAGUCAUUUGUUAAAGUAGAGCAGUUACUAACCACGAACGGUUACACUAAAGAUGACAUGACUAUCACCAGUUGCCCGUCCGCUGAGCAGGUUUCGGUAUUAUUAUCUAGUGCCAGCAUUUUGGCUGUCGAGAGUAUAGCGAAUUUCUCCGCAGCCCAACGCAAGUUAAGUAUGAGCUCUAGCGAUGCAAGGCCAGGAAGUCCACAGGCCUCACAAUCUCCGCCAGUCACUAGAAAGCUAUCCACAGAAAAAAAAGUAAGUUUUGAAGGAACGAGUGCAGCCAACUCAACUCUGGAAAAUUUGCAAGAGCUUUCAGAAUCGUCAGAUGGCAAUACGAUAACGUCUUCUACAAAUUUGUCGCCAGCGCCGCUUAAGAACAUAGUUCUCAAAACCGCUGAACAAGUGUGAUCUUUAAAGAAUUACCAAUAAAAAUUACGCAA